AUGCAGAAUGCUGCUACAGCUGAUCACUUGUCUGGCCGCAUGCAUAUGCCUGAGGGAGCUGCUGCGGCCGCCCCCUCCGCCCCCGCGGGUGGUGGUGAUUCGAGACCGCCGCCGCUGAUAUCACCCAGCCCAUCCGGGCCCACGCACUGCACAGACCCCAUCGCGGAUGCAUACUCGAGCGCCAUUGGCACCAAUCCGCCACGGAGAAAGGCUUCACUUGAUUCGUAUCCUCGGAAGAGCGCCUUAGUAUCGUCACCUCACCGCUCCAGCAGAAGAAGAACAUCGGACACCACGCAAAGCAAACAAGCGCACUUCGAUGAUAACGCCGCCUUGGCUCCCGAUGACUCGCUUUGCUGCGCGCUUGCACAACCGGCACAGAAGAGGAGGAGGAGAAGCGCGCCGGCAAAAAUCUUCACUAGUCUGGUACUCCCCUUGGAAGAUGCAACAUCCGAUUACGACAGCGACGCGGCCCCAGAUGAAGAAGUCGAAGCGGCGCUGGCCAUCUUCGAGGAUGUUAUUGAGGAGCUCACGCAAAUUGCCGAAGAACAUGAAGAAGCAAGGGAGGAAAUUGCGGAAGUCGCGUGGGAGGUUGCUGAGGCUAUGUCCCACGGCUUCGAGGAUGAUGACAUCGAUGAUACCUAUCUUGGCGAUACUGCGAGCGAGGACGACAGUGCCAACGACGAUGUGUCGGAUGACCGCAGCUCCACAGUCGACUCCGAAGAGCGUGCCCAACGUCUACAGAUGUUGUUCCUGGCUGAGCGUGACGAGCUGUGCAACCCGGACAUGGGUGGAACUUUAGAGGACGUCGAUGUAGAAUCUGAAGAGGACGACACAGGAUCGGUUGUCUGCAGGAGAAUCGGCAACCCCUUGCCGGCACUUCAACGAAGGAGGUCCAGCUCGCAAGGAUCGUCCAUCAUCAGGGAUGCUACAACCCCUCGUCGACGAGCAUCCACUCCCGACAGCAAAGCAUCAUCAGCGAGCUGUGUCGUGGCCGCGCCUAGGGCCAAAGACGACCUACCGAUGACGGGUAGCGUAACUCCUUUCACGGAAGCUCAAGAGCAGCCGCAUCCCAACACGGAGAGGACAUUUGACCGGGACGAAGCUGGGUCGUGGCUCACACUAACUGCUCGUCCCUCAAACUACCCCCAAGGAUGCAGUCCGAUGGACAAAGUCAAGACAAAACUCGCCGCGUGGUCGAGGGCGGGAGGUAAUGGCCUGGAAGACGAAGACGCGCAGCUCAAAUGGAUCCGCCUCUUACCAUGUGACGACGACCUACCACAUCAAAGCUUGAGCAGCCGAACGUCACGGACCGAGGGACCACUGGCUCCCCCGAAUACCGAAAGGCCAAGUGGCGCUUCGUCAGCAAAGCAUUCGGCGCCCCAGAGCCCGCUUUGCGAGCGAGACGCUCUCGAUCUCUCGGCGGGGGACGUGGAAGACGACAGUCUCCUGGAGCUCCGAGUCCAACCAAGCAUGGCCCGGCCGUGGAGGGAGAGGUCUGCAGAGCCUUCCAAGGAUAGUACAGAAGGAGUCGCACAAAGAAACCUCAGCUUGCCACCGACGCCGCGAGGAGGAAGAGGAGCCAGGCCCGUUCAUUGCCAGCUUUCAAACCUCGCCUUGGAGGAUGAGCACUUCAAAUCCCAUCGCGACUCACUGCUGUUGCUACGAAGUCGAGAACAGGAGGCGAAAACGAACCAACAGCUCUUGGAGGCGAGAGACAGCAUCAUCCUAACAAAGUCGAAGUUUGGUGCGAUAUACCCCGAGUCGCCGAUGGACUGUUACUCAGCUUGGAGCCACCCGCGCAAUCUGUCCACAAUCACAGACGACUCCCCGCCGGAUUCGCACAGCCUCGUGGCGUCAGGAUCGCAAUGGAACGAGGACGACGACAACAUCAAGCCACAGCCGGAAGAACACAAGAAUUGCGCGAUUUGUGAGGUUGAAAGGCCGAGAUGGUUUGCGGCGCACUGCAAGCAAGGUGCUUUUAUGUGA